AUGUCACGGAGACAUCGCGGGGAAAUUUUUGAAUUCGAUCCCGAUAUUGAGAGAACGUUUCGCCAAAGAAGGAGAGCUCAAAGAGCAUUUUUUGCUCUACUCUCUCCCAACAUGGAGUUACCUCCCCCAAUCAUCCCUGAGAUUCCACAUUUAGAAAAUCAACCGCCUGCCUUUGGGACAAUACCACUGUUUCCGAAUUUUUCCGCAAGAACAACACCAUCUAAUAAUCAUAAUAAGGACACGGAAUCUGAAAAUAAUGAACAACCAAGAGAGCAAACUCCGAAUAUCAUUAAUUUGGCAAAUUCCAAAAAUGGAAGGAUCAUGGACUAUGCCAUCCCAGAUUUUGAGCAAUUGAAUUCUGGGAUAGUUAGGCCACAUAUGACUGCUCUUCAUUUUGAACUAAAACCGAUCAUCUUUCACAUGUUGCAAACAAACGGACAAUUUGCCGAAUUACCUUCGGAGGACCCACACUCACAUUUGAAUUCCUUUAUGGAAAUCACUGAUGCUUUCCUGAUUCCGGGAGUGUCUAAUGACGCUCUGAGACUCACUUUAUUCCCAUUUUGUCUGAGGGAUCGGGCAAAAGCAUGGUUUAAUUCAUUACCGCCGGGGUCUGUGCCUUCAUGGAGUAAUAUGGCGGAAAAGUUUUUGCGAAAAUAUUUCCCACCAACUAGGAACGCUAAGUCUAGAAACGAAAUUUGCCUUUUUAAACAAAUGGACGAUGAAGCUAUUCCUGACGCUUGGGAAAGGUUUAAAGAGCUGUUAUGGAGAUGCCCUCACCAUGGCGGAGCCUUUACAGCUAUGACCUACAAUGAAGGAUAUGAGAUCUUAGAAAAAAUUUAUGUUAAUAAUGGACAUUGGGCUGAUCCACGUGCUCAACCGCAAAAGAAGAUGGCAGGAAUACAUGAUGUUGAUGCAUAUAAUGCAUUGACAGCGCAACUCUCUUCUAUGGCCAAUAUGCUUAAAAAUCUAAAUUCUGGCCAAGGAGUGCAGUCAGCUGUUACAUCACCUAUUCCAGCUGCCCUCUCAGUGCAGUGUGUCUGUUGUGGAGGGGAACACUCUUAUGAACUGUGUCCACAUAAUGCUGAAUCUCAACAUGCAAGCAAUUCUAAUUCUCAGAAUCACCAUCACCAGAAUUUUCAAAAUAAUCAACCACCUUUUCAGACCAAACCACCUCCACAGUCCAAAUCAUCAUCUUCCUUGGAAGCUAUGAUAAAAGGACUGGUGGCUCAGUCCCAAGCACAGCAGCAAAUGAUGACUCAAAAUCAAUCUUUGCUCAAUCAACAAACUGCUGCCAUCAGAAACCUGGUAAUACAAGUUAGCCAACUUGCUUAUAAUCAGAAUAGUAGAGCCCUUGGUACUUUGCCUAGUAACACUGAAGUCCCGAGAGAUCUAGGAAAAGAACAUGUGAAGGUAGUGACUCUUAGGAGAGGUAAGGAAUUAACUGAGACCAUACCAAAAGAAAGUGAACAUGUUGUGUCUAAACCUGAGACUAUACCUAUGGUCCUUGUUUCUGAAAGUCCACCAAAACCUUUGGAUGACCAACCUCCUGAGACCACCACUUUUAUUCUUCCUAAGUCGGACUAUCCUUUGUUAUUCCUUGAAGAAGUUGCUAGGAAAAAACCAAUUGAGGAUGAGGUUAUGACAAGUCCAAAAACCAAAGUUGUAAUCUCAUCUGAACCUCAAGAAAGGUUAAGGAAUAAAAAGGAAGAACUGCAAUUCAAAAAGUUUUUGGAAGUGUUUAAAGCAUUGCACAUCAACAUACCUCUUGUUAAAGCAAUUCUGCAAAUGCCCAGUUAUGCCAAGUUCCUUAAAGAUAUUUUGAGUAAGAAGAAAAAGUUGACCGAAUAUGAGACCGUAAUCAUCCUAGAUGAAAAGAACUUCAAAUCUAUAGAGCCUCAAAGAAGAUUGAACCCGGUCAUGAAAGAAGUAGUGAAGAAGGAAAUUUUGAAAUGGCUCGAUGCAGGAAUAAUUUUUCCAAUAGCCGGUAGUUCUUGGGUUAGUCCAAUCCAAUGUGUCCCAAAGAAGGGAGGGUUUACAGUUGUCACCAAUGACAAGAAUGAACUCAUCCCUACAAGAAUGGUGUCUGGUUGGAGGAUAUGUAUGGACUACCGUAGGCUAAACAAAGCCACUCAAAAGGACCAUUUUUCCUUGCCUUUUAUUGACCAAAUGUUAGAUAGGUUGGCUGGAAAAAAGUAUUACUGCUUUUUGAAUGGAUACUCCGGAUAUAACCAAAUAGCCAUAUCACCCGAGGAUCAAGAAAAGACCACCUUCACAUGUCCCUAUGGUACUUUUGCCUUUAGGAGAAUGCCAUUUAGACUUUGCAAUGCUCCUGCAACUUUUCAAAGAUGCAUGAUAUCCAUAUUCUCUGACAUGCUUGAAAAAUCCAUAGAAAUCUUUAUGGAUGAUUUUUCAGUUUAUGGCUCAUCUUUUGAUAAUUGUUUGGAAAAUUUAAAAAGGAGUCUUGAAAGAUGUGAAGAAACUGAUCUGGUUCUCAACUGGGAAAAAUGUCAUUUCAUGGUCAAAGAAGGAAUUGUUUUAGGCCACUUAAUUUCCAAAAGAGGAGUUGAGGUAGACAAAGCUAAACUUGAAAUCAUUGAAAAACUACCUGAACCAACUACUGUUAAGGGAAUACAAAGUUUUCUUGGUCAUGCUGGGUUUUACCGAAGGUUUAUAAAAGACUUUUCAAAAUUUUUAAAACCUUUGUGUUUACUUUUGCAACAUGAUCAAAAGUUUGAUUUUACGGAUGAAUGUAGAAAUGCAUUCAACACUUUAAAGAAAGCUUUAGUAACCGCACCAGUAGUUGUUGCUCCUGACUGGAACAAACCCUUUGAGAUCAUGUGUGAUGCCAGUGAAUGGGCUGUUGGAGCUGUCUUAGGUCAAAGGAAGGAAAAAGUUUUUCAUUCAAUUUAUUAUGCAAGUAAGACCUUGAAUGAAGCACAACUUAACUACACAACAACUGAAAAAGAACUGUUAGCUGUGGUUUUUACUUUUGAAAGAUACAGAUCAUAUUUGAUGGGAACAAAGGUCAUUGUUCACACUGACCAUGCUGCCAUUAAGUACUUGAUUUCCAAAAAAGAUGCUAAACCUAGGUUAAUAAGAUGGGUUUUGUUGUUGCAAGAGUUUGACCUUGAGAUAGUGGAUAGGAAAGGAGUUGACAACCAAGUUGCAGACCAUUUGUCAAGAUUAGAGAAGCCUAGAGAAACCCUAGAAGAAGGGGAGAUUGUUGAAACAUUCCCCGAUGAGAGAAUUCUAGUGUUAGAAUCAAAGCCACCAUGGUUUGCUGACAUGACAAACUAUUUGGCUUGUGGAAUUAGACCUUCUAAUGUUUCUGGCCAUAUGUUCAAAAAGUUUCUCCAUGAUACUAAAACUUACCUUUGGGAUGACCCUUACUUGUUUAAGAUAAGUGCAGAUCAAAUUUUGAGAAGGUGCAUCCCAGAAACUGAAACCAAUGGAUUAGCUGAACUCUCAAACUGUGAAAUAAAAGGAAUUUUAGAAAAGGUUGUCAAGCUAAACCGGAAGGAUUGGGCUUUCAAGUUAGAUGACGCUUUAUGGGCAUACCGGACUACUUUUAAAACACCCAUUGGUAUGUCCCCAUAUAAGCUUGUUUUUGGUAAGGCUUGUCACCUACCUUUGGAACUUGAACAUAAAGCAUAUUGGGCCAUCAAAGAAUUAAAUAUGUGCCCAGAUAUGGCUGCCAGUAAAAGAAAAGUCCAAUUGUGUGAAUUAGAGGAACAUAGGAAUCUGUCCUAUGAAAAUGCCAAGAUUUAUAAAGAUAAAACAAAAAAAUGGCAUGAUAAAAGAAUUCAACACCGGGAGUUAAGAGCUGGUCAGAAAGCUCUUUUGUUUAACUCUAUAUUAAAAUUGUUCCCAGGAAAGUUCAAGUCCCGUUGGUCUGGACCUUUCCUCAUUCAUAAAGUUUAUCUGUACGAAGCAAUUGACCUAAUCAAUCUCGAGGACAAUUAUGUGUUCAAAGUUAAUGGUCAAAGAGUGAAGUCGUUUCAUGAUCCGGUAGAAAUUCCAGAGUUAUGCUCUGUGAAUUUUGUUACCCUUUGCUAA